AUGUCCAAAUAUGGGGGAGUUCCUCUUCCUUCCUUGGAAUUCUACCUGGGCCUUCUCCUGUCACCUGAUCAAACCCGAUUCCUUCCUGUUUUGUAUGAGCGCUUCUCACCAUCACUGCCCGAGGGGCGUGGAGGGUCCUCAGCCUUCCCUGCAAUUCCACCUGGGCUCUCUCCUCCUUGGUCACUUGACCAAACUCGUCCCCUGAGGGCUAGGCGUGGUCUAGUCCAACGGCCAAAUUUUAAUUAUCGUUCAAAAUUCUUUCUUAUCGUGCUUUUGGUGUGUGGUUGUUUUCGCAUCUGGGUUCGGUCAUUCUUAUCCCAUCGUCAACGCUUUGGUCAACAAGUGGCAAAAAUGGUACAAUCCCUUGAUUUUAGGAAGCUUUAUGGCGUGUCGGCCGACGAAAAUUUUAUCUAUUUUCUGCUGGAAACUUGUCUGCUUCUAAAAGUCAAUCCUCAUCUAUCAGCAGAAUUCGCAUCCUGGGGUCUGUCUUUUCUCCUUCGCUUACAAUGGUCGUAA